CAUAAGUUUGUGCAUCUGAGCCUUGCACGAUGCCGUCUUCAAAUAAUGAUGGCUUUGAUCUGCCUCUUGCGAAAAGGCAAAAGCGAACAAUCAGUCAAGACGUCGGACGACAAUCGCACGCAUCUGGGUCUAAAAUAUUUUCUUCUUACCGGGCAUUAGGACUAGUAUCUACCGAGGUUCCCUUCACUUGUGUGCGCCUGGGCAAAGCGACUUUCCAGAUUACUACGUCUGUAGGGCGCAGCUUGCAAACCUAUGAUUUGAAACGAGGUCUCAAUUUGGUCUUUAUUAGCAGACCCCAGACACCGGAGAUUAUUACUGCUACUUUUGCUUGGCAGGAUAAAAUCUUUGCGGCAUGGGGAAACAUUCGCCCCGGAUCAGCAGGAGGCAUUUGGGUUUUCAAGCGCGGAAAAAAAGUUGCAUCUCUAGAAGCACCUCCAGGGUUUUCCGAGCCUGUUGACCGGUUGCUCGUUUUCGGUUCCUGGAUUGUUGGUUGCAGCAGCAAGUGCAUUCAAGUUUGGAAAAAUGCAUCAUAUCAGCACUAUACCACUCUCAGUCCUCAGCGCGUCAAAAGUCUUUCUGAGGAAGCGGUAUAUACUGGGCAAAUAUGCAACAUGCCGACCUAUCUCAACAAAAUUUUUGUCGGCCGAUGCGAUGGGAAGGUUGAUAUUUGGAAUGUGAAGACAGGAAGGCUAAUAUAUUCGAUGCUGCCAGUGUCUCCACAAGCAGGUGCAGUGACUGCUCUUCAACCGAGUCCCGUGCUUUCUCUUAUUGCCAUCGCGCAUAAGGGGGGCGCGCUAUCAAUCUGUAACAUCGAAACGGGCCGGCGUGUCGUUUCUCUGCAAACGGACUCACAACAAAUGUCCUGCGUUACCUCUAUCGCUUUUCGACAGGAUGGUCUAGGAGCCGGCGAACACGGCCGUGAUUCUGGCAUGAUGGCGACAGCUUGCAUGGAUAGUGGUGACAUAACUAUAUGGGAUCUGAACAACGGAGGCAGGGCGGUGGGGGUUCUGCGUCGAGCACAUCGGACACUCGCCGGCGAGUCAGGAACAGGAAUAAGUCACAUACAGUUUCUGGAUGGUCAGCCAGUGAUGGUCUCAUCAGGGGGAGACAAUUCUCUCAGGACAUGGAUAUUUGACGAAAUUCCGUUUUCGUAUAUUCCAAGGCCUCUUCAUUCAAGGAGCGGGCAUUCAACUGCCAUUACGACGCUUAGCUUUUUGCCUUCGGCAUCCGAUGGCUCUGAGUUGAGUGGUAAAUGGUUACUGAGCGCGAGCAAGGACUGCAGCCUUUGGGGCUUCAGUGUACGGAAAGAUAGCCAAAACACUGAAAUCUCCCAAGGAGCCGUGGAACACAGGUCCAAAAGAAUGGUCACCUCUAGUGCUCGUGAUGGAACCACCGAGACUUACAUGGAUGGCAACUUCCGAGCACCCGAAAUCACGUGUAUUGCCUGCACCCUGAACCGUGAUGGCGGAAUGGGAAACACGACAUCUGGCCCCAUUUGGGCGAAUCCAAAAGCUACAAGGGCAGACGAUUCUAGCAAGACGGGCUGGGAAAGUAUAGUGACUGGCCAUCGUGGGGAUAAAUAUGCUCGGACCUGGUUCUGGGGUAAAAAGAAAGCCGGGCGUUGGGCAUUCGAGACCAGCGAUAAAACUGAAGUCAAGAGCGUUGCGAUUUCGCGUUGCGGAACUUUUGCUAUGAUCGGAUCAGCGGGUGGUGCCAUAGAUAUGUUUAACAUGCAGUCUGGUUUGUACAGACAAAGCUUUCCGCCAGCCAGUUUAAAGGGGAACUCGAAAAAUAUGUCUAAUAUUCGGCAUGUCUCUGACACCCAUGAUAUGAAACACACGAAGGCCGUCACUGGUCUCAUGAUCGAUGGGCUGAAUCGAACUAUUGUUAGUUGUGGACUCGACGGUAAAGUCAAGUUCUGGGACCUUAUGUCUGGACUGCUCGUCGAUCAGCUUAACUGGGAUCCUAUGACAUCCAUUAAUGGACUUCGAACUAGUCACACAAACGAGCUUGUUGCAUUCAGCUGUGACGACCUUUCAAUCCGUGUUGUUGACGUGGAGACUAAGAAAGUCAUUCGUGAAUUUUGGGGCUGUGUUGGGCAGAUAAAUGACUUUACGUUCUCGAACGAUGGACGUUGGGUAAUCGCUGCUUCCAUGGACUCUACAAUACGCGUCUGGGAUUUGCCGACGGGGCAUCUCAUUGACGUUUUCCGCGUCUCAAGUACGUGUACUUCUCUGGCGAUGUCAUCUACAGGUGAGUUCUUGGCUACUGCACAUGCAGACGGGGUUGGUAUCAGCCUUUGGUCCAACAAAAGCUUGUUUAUACCUAUCUCAACCCGGAACGUGGACGAUCACCUCAUCGGUGAUGUUUGUAUCCCUGCGUCUUCCAAUGAAGACGGUCCUGGGGUUAUCGAGGCAGCCUUCGCGGAGGAACUUGAACAAUCCGAAAUAGAGGGCCCAUUACCGUCCAUCGAGCAGCUCAAUGGAGACUUGGUUACUCUUAGUAUAGUUCCUAAGAGCAAAUGGCAAACCUUGCUCCAGUUGAACUUAAUCAAGGAACGGAACAAGCCUAAAGACCCCCCGAAAGUCCCUCAAAAAGCACCUUUUUUUCUCCCGACUGCUCCUGAACAGGCAUCACCAGAUGGAGAACUUGAUAUAACAACUCAAGGUACUGCUGUUGCUGAGCGCUCGCGAAUCUCCAAAAUGCACGGUUCCAAUAGUACUGCUGGUAUUGCAAUUACGCGGUUCACCAGUCUCCUUCAUUCGGGAUAUGUGUCUGGAGAUUUUGGCCCCUUUAUUGAACACUUAAAGGGCAUGCCACCCGCAAAGGCAGAUCUUGAAAUCAGGUCUCUAGAUCUAAAGUUGAGAGAAGGUUACUCCGAAUUAUCCGCCUUUGUGACUGCCCUAUCCUCGCGCUUGGGACUGAGAAAGGACUUUGAAGUCGUCAAUGCUUGGAUGGCGGUCUUUCUGAGAAUACAUGCCGAUAUCGUGGCAGACUGUUCUAGUUCUGAUGCAGCCGAGGACAACGCUUUGAAGGCUGCCCUGGCCGAAUGGAAACGGGCUCUACAACAAGAGGCACAGCGUUUAGCUGGCCUGGUUGGAUACUGCAGAGGAGUUGUGGGAUUCUUGCGGUCUACACGUUGACUGUAUACAUUUUCGUGAUGACUUCUACGUAACCUAGACCGAUUGUUGUUUUAACAUUUUCAACUAAAAGAUCAAGUGAUAUUUCGAAGGAACAGAAAUGUAUAUAAUUACUCCUGUGAAAGAAGUUCAUAUAUGUUUGACGGAGUCUUCGGUGGGAGACUAGCUCUGAUAGCACAGAAUUCAUUGAUUUCUGCAGAAUCAUCUGCAUACUCACACC